CCGUGAGAGGACGGAGGCGAGGUGGAAACAGAUCUCAUUGGCUCCCGCUGCUCCAUUUAAAGGAAUCCCACUAAUUUGUGCUUUAACAUCAGCCGGGAAGGUGUACCACGAACCGGCAUUUUACCGACACUCUCUCCAUGAACUCAUCGGCGUCUUAAAUGAGGAACUUUAAACGCUCGGUCGCUUUUUCCUUUCCAGAAUUUCCAGAUCCUCUGAAGUGGCGAUGUGCAGCCACUUUUAUAAACGUACGAGAAUCUUUUUAACCGAUCGACGUUUCCUAUUUCAGAAGAAACCACUUUAAGUAUGUCGUGCUUCGUUGCAAUUCAGUAAUGAAGAGGCAGAUUUCUCCGGUGCGUGCGGGAUGUCAGACCUCUGAAGGGUCACUUGGGGAUCUUAUUCUAUGCCCAAAGGAUGAAGACGUGAAUCAUUAACACUUUAUUGAUCAGAUGAUGUGUAAAUCUCAUAUUACUCAAGACGUGAGUGAGGAGAAACGUGUUUUUUGUAAGUACAUCAUAUUUUCCCCACGGUAUGGAGAGUUCGCCAUGCGCUCUUUCGGGAACGACUGCUGUAGGUAACUUUUACGCAAUGGAUUCAGGAGGGCUUGCAACAAGUUUUAGGGGUCGUUUAUCUUCUGGAACAUGAUUGUAGUUUACUGCGUGAUUUCGUGGUCAUUUAGCUAACAGCUUCGGGAUUUUGAAAGACUUGGAAGAGGGUUUUAUCAUUUUGAAUCGCACAAUCCGGAGCGGAUCUCGUUGGCUCUUAUGGGAAUUAAACACUCCUCCCGUUGUUUGCUCCUCAGGAGAAAAAUGGCGGAUUCGGAGAGCACCGAGCAACAGCCCCUGAGUGCCGCCCCAUCCCAAUCAGUCCAGCCAUCCCCUCUCCCCAAACCUGUGUCAUCGGUCCAUCACACCCAGCGGCCCACACACCCGUCCCACCCGCCUCACACCCCUCACUCGGCCAGCCUGCCUAGUUGCCCUGGCAGAGGAAAGAUGUCCAAGUUCCUCACCCCGGAUGAGAUGACCUCCAGGGAUUACUACUUUGACUCCUAUGCCCACUUUGGCAUUCAUGAGGAGAUGCUAAAGGAUGAAAUGAGAACGUUGACAUACAGGAACUCAAUGUACCACAACAAACACGUCUUCAAGGACAGGAUUGUGCUGGACGUGGGGAGUGGAACUGGCAUACUCUCUAUGUUUGCUGCCAAAGCUGGAGCCAAGCACGUGUAUGGGAUCGAAUGCUCGAGCAUAUCAGAAUACUCUGAGAAAAUCAUCAAGGCCAAUCAUCUGGAUAGUGUUAUAACCAUCUUUAAAGGAAAAGUGGAGGAGACGGAGCUACCGGUAGAUCAGGUGGACAUCAUCAUCUCAGAGUGGAUGGGUUACUCUCUUUUUUAUGAAUCCAUGCUCAACACGGUCAUCUACGCCAGAGAUAAGUGGCUGAAACCCGGAGGUUUAAUGUUUCCAGACAGAGCUGCUCUCUAUGUGGUGGCCAUUGAAGACAGGCAGUACAAGGACUUCAAGAUACACUGGUGGGAGAACGUUUACGGCUUCGACAUGACCUGUAUCAGGAACGUAGCCAUGAAAGAGCCGCUGGUGGACAUCGUGGACGCCAAACAAGUCGUAUCCAACGCCUGUCUAAUCAAGGAGGUAGACAUCUACACGGUAAAGCCAGAAGAACUGUCCUUCACAUCCUCCUUCUGUCUGCAGAUCCAGAGGAACGACUACGUUCACGCCCUGAUCACCUACUUCAAUAUAGAGUUCACCAAGUGUCAUAAAAAGACUGGCUUCUCUACAGCACCAGAUGCCCCGUAUACACACUGGAAACAAACAGUGUUUUAUCUGGAGGAGUAUCUGACUGUAAAAAGAGGAGAAGAGAUAGUGGGCAGCGUCACCAUGAAGCCAAAUGAGAAGAACGUACGUGACCUUGACUUUUCCUUUGAGCUGGAUUUUAAAGGGCAGUUAUGUGAAGCUGCUAUCGCUCACGACUACAAGAUGCGUUAAGUGUCCUGCAGGGGUCAAUAUAGGGGUCCCGAUGCCACUCAGAGAAGCAGGGACCACUCUGGAUCUUAACUACAGCACUGCUGGAUAGAGACACUGAAACUCGGACAGAAGCUAUUGUCUCCGAGAGAAUAGCCUUCAUUUGGAAGCGGGUUGGCACUUUUAGCAAUAGCAGCCUUGCCUUUGCCAACAAUAGCCUGCACUAGUAUGCCAUCUUUCCGACUGUUCAGGGGCCAACUUGCGCAUCCCUCUGCAAAACAAAAGAAUGUUACUGUCCAAUGAAUGUUAAGCAUUUGUUUAUGUUUGGUUAUGGUUUAGACGUGGAUGUUUUGGUUGAUGGAAGUUUGUGCCUCUAUAUCCCAAAUACUACGAAUAUUUCAGCUUUGUGUCUGUCUAGGGGAUAACUCCAUAAAAGCUGCAGCAGUAUUAAAAUGUGGUAGGGUAAGUGAUCUUGUAGGUUAUGAAACAAUAUCCAGUUCAUUCUCAAGAAACUGUGGAGUUUGUGAGAAAUGUUUAAAACGCUUUUAAAGUCUAGUUCCGUGCAAAAAUCUAACAAAUAUGAUGCAAUAAUCGCAAUCAUUUGCAUGAUACACCAGCCAAAGUAGCAAAUAAUGUGACCCAGUUUAACAUCAUGUUGCUGAAUUCAGUAGAAAGUCAAAUCGGACAUGCAUGCAAUAGCUCACAUGAAACUGAGUUUGCUGAGAAUGACCCGUCUAUCAAAAAAGGAUUUGGGCAUCAAUGUGUACCAAAUAUGAAAGUCAGCAGCUGAUAAAGGGAAAUAAUAAGUGACUGCAAUACGGUGAUGUGAUGAACUCAUAAAUUAUGCCGUGUAAGCUUGUGUUAUGUUUCUCUGGUGGCUUUAAUGCGAUAAGCAGCGUUAGUAGUAUUUCUAAUUCUAGAAAAAUUGCGUUUCCACUUGCAUCUGCUAUAAGCACAGAGGGAAUAAGCACAUAACACAUAUCAGAACAAAGAUGCAGUGUUGAACGUUUGCUCUGUCGGUGGUGAGAUCUCAGUAAACUGGACCCUCAGAUGGCACCUGCUGCCUUCCACCUGUGCUCUUAUCAGAGUCUUUGCCAAGGCGACAGAUUAUACUGUUCAUGUCCUCACCAAAGACAUUCAGUUGAAAUUUAGCAAAGCACACCGUCCAUUAUUCGUUGUAUUAAUGUUUCUGAUUAGUUUUUUUUUACCGUACGAAUUUAUCUAAUUUAAACGUUCCUAAUUUCAUGGUGGAAUGACACUUUCCAUGAAUAUGAUUUUAUGUAAAUAACUGGUUUCCUGUUUAAUAUGUUUUAAAAUAUGUUAAUAAUGUUUAAUAAUGUUUAAUAAUGUUUUAAAAUAUGUAAGAAAAUAUUUUCUUCAGUUUGUGGGAAAUUGUUUUAUAUACAUAACUACAAAGCAGUCUUUGCUCCCAAACCAUCUAUCCCAUUUUGAAUGUUGUAAGUUGACAUAAAAUUCAUAGUCAAAUAAUAUUUGAUUUAUCUGACUGAUGAUCAACAAAUAUGAUCAAAAAAUGCAGUUUGUGUCUGCUCUUUUUUUUUAUUUUGUAUUUAUGGAAAGUGUCAAUUAUUGUGCAGUAUUAGGAAAUGUGAACACAUUUUUGUGCGACAAAAAAUCUCAAUAGCAUCUCUAGAUUUAUCAUUGUUUGUUUUUGAGUUGUGAGGUUUAUGUAAAAAAAGAUUUAUUAUUUAUUUAUUGAUAUUUAUUUUUGUGUCACAAUAUGGAAAGCAAUUAUAAUAAUAGUAAACAAACUAGCUUAAAAUAAAUUAAAACUAUUUAUUGUAGGUGUACAAUAGCAUGCUCGUGAAGAGGUUUUGGCUGUUUAUAGAACAAGUUGAUGUAAUGACAGAUGAAACAUGGGGGUGAUGUAUAAAACUAAAGUAAAACAUAGAUGUCAUCAUGGGUCUAUCAUGAAUACAUUUUUAAUAAUAAACUAAAACUAAAGUCUUUCCUGAAAAAUGUGUGAUGUAAGAUGGUGGUUGUUUGAAUUAAAAAUAAAGUUAUUUGUCCACUUA